AGUUUGCAGAAGCUGCUGGACCUCGCAGAGUGCUGCUGCUGAUGCUGCCACCCGUGGGCGACAUUAAAAGGUAUGGCUGUGCAUCUACUUUCUGGCGCUACUGCUUGCAAAAGGGGCUCCAAACUAAAGGGAGGUCUCUAAACGGUAUUUAAAAAUCCAUUAUCGCAUCUUUAAAAAGCAAUGUUUUAAAAUAAACGUUUGCUUUCAUCAAUGGCUUUCGACUGCAAAAGUAUAAGUGUUACUGUUUGCAGAGUUUACAACCUUCCCAAUCGCUAAUAACGUAUUCCAGUGGUGUCCAAACCCUUAUGCAUUGAAGGCCAGGUUAUCCAUAAUAGAGGUUUUUGGGUUAGAUCGCGUAAAUAUAUAAAUGUGUCGUUAAAACCCACCACCACCCGACAGCCAACUAGUAAGGGUUGUCACGUAAACAGAACAUGCCAUUUCGUCACUAGUAUUGGUCGCAAAAGCCUACGUGUUAAAAAGGACAGAUUAAAUAACACGCCAAGAUCCACAGGCAAUUAUAAAACAUGUCUAACGUAACGUAUACGCUUUAUUUACAACAUGUGUAUUAAGAGCACACGGAGGUGACACUUGCAGCCAAGUCCUGCAGAUAAAUCGAAGAUUAUACUCUUCUCAAAUCUGGAAACACUGAGCAGCGUAGUUGACUACGUACGGUGCGAAAAAAGUUCAACAUACAUACAGAACACCGUCUUCAUCAAAAAUCGAGAGAAGUACUCAUCUUACUACAUCGCACAACCUGCAGUACAGUAUGGGCCAACUUCUGGACACAACUGCUGCUGCUCAGAAAUGGAGCUCUUUCUUGGGGCACCAGGCACUGAUCAGCCUGGCCAUAUUUUGCAUAGUUUUCCUGGUUCUUCGGACUAUACUCCAGGAGGUAAAGGCAACUAAACGCCCAUUGGACUUUCCUCCUGGCCCAAAAGUGAUACCGUUUAUAGGGAAUGUGCCUCUGUUUAAGAAACCCGAUGUUGCCAUAGAGGAAGUUACGAAACAGUAUGGAGAGGUGUGCAGCGUAAUGGUGGGCAAGAUUUCCAUGGUGUUUGUGAGUGGCUACCAGGCAGUAAAAGAGGUCCUAGUGCAUCAAGGGCAUGCGUUUGCAGACCGGCCAAACAACCCCCUCAUUAAAAAAGUAAACGAAGGCCUAGGCAUUAUUUUUGCUCCAUAUGGAAAAUAUUGGAUGCAACAUCGUAGGUUCACUCUGUCAACAUUGCGGAAUUUUGGACUUGGUAAGUCAUCCAUAGAACAAACCAUUCAGACAGAGGUUGGCUUCUUAAUUGAGGCAUUUAAACAGAAAGGAUCGGCAUUUGACCCUCACUAUAACUUAAACAGUGCUGUGGGAAACAUAAUUUGUUCCAUGGUGAAAGGGAAACGGUAUGAAUACAGUGAUAAGCAGUUCCAGGUUUUUUUGCACCUCAUUGAAAACAAUCUUCAGCUCCAAUCAGGGCCGCUGGGAACUUUAUGCAACAUCUUUCCCUUCUUGAUCGACUUUCCUGGACCGCAGCAGAGAAUAUUCAAAAACAUGGCAAAAUCUAAACAGUUUAUUCGUGAUAUAAUAUCUGAACGCCAUGCAACAAGAGAUCCCCUCAAGCCAAUGUGCCUGAUUGACACCUACUUGUCUCAAUUGGAGAAAGAGGACAAUCCCAACACCAGCUUCUCAGAACAGAGUCUCAUCAUGUUGACGUUGGACCUUUUCACUGCUGGCGCAGAGACGACCUCCACCACAUUACGCUGGGGCCUUCUCUACAUGAUGAUGCACCCUGAAAUACAAGCCCAGUGCCAUGAGGAGAUUGACAAGAUUGUGGGAUCAGAUCGACUACCAUGCAUGGAGGACAGACACAGUCUGCCCUACCUGGAUGCUGUGAUCCAUGAGAUACAGCGCUUCAGUAACAUUAUUCCAUUCGGGGUCCCGCAUGCCACCACCACAGACGUCAAGUUACGCCAGUACUCGAUUCCAAAAGGGACGAUCAUACUGGUGAAUAUGAAAUCGGUUCUGAGUGAUGAAAAUCAUUGGAAAACCCCAUACGAAUUUAGUCCAGAAAACUUCCUUGAUGAGGAUGGCAAGUUUGUAAAGUCAGAUGCCUUCCUGCCCUUCUCUGCUGGUCCCCGUGUCUGCCUGGGGGAAAACUUAGCAAAGAUGGAGCUCUUCCUUUUCUUUGCAUCUCUUUUGCAGCAUUUUGAGUUUAUCUGGCCUGAUCUGGUCUCUCCACCAACCCUGGAUUAUAUAUUGCAGAUCACCAAGGCUCCAAAAUCUUACAAAUUGGGGCUUCAUCUCCGCAAUUGAACAUAGUUUAAAGAGUGCUGUAGUGUGUGCUGGUUUGAGUCUAUAAUGUCCAAGCACACAUGCACGCAUUGGAAAUAGAUUAUGUAAAACAACAAUACAUCACGAUAGGUGAAAGAAAUGGUAUAAAUCUGUUGUACAACAAUGAGUGAAUCAAUUUAACUUUUUCUAGUAAAUCGUUUAAUCAUAUGUUACGUUAGUUUAUAGAUAGAGAUGAUAGUUUUCUACAAACAUCUUCCAUUACUUCAGCGAAUUUGCCCAAAAAUAGUUAACCUUCAUUUCAUACAUUCUUUCACAAGUCACCCGGGGCCCGAGUACAUAAACGUAGAAAUAGAUAAUGAGACAAUGCUCCCCUGUUCAUAGUCUAUUUAUAGGUGGCAGUGAAAUUUCUGGUGACAAUUACAUUGUGACUUUUUUCAAGCAUUUUAUACAUGCAGUAAAUGCAUUAGAAAACAUAUAUAGACACCAUUACAAUAGAAACAACUAACGACUCAGCUGUCUUCAUAGGCUUGGAUAAGGCAUUGAUACAAUUGAUCACCAAAUCCUGUAAACCAAGUUAGUGAUGUUGGACUUAUUUAAGUAGCAGUAGGUUGGUGUCUAAAUUACUUUGAUAGUAGAAAACAAUGCGUAACAUUGGUCAAUCCUUCCUCUGGGUUUAAAAAACAAACACAUGCCAAACAGCCACUCAAUUACAACCACAGAAAACAACCGCUCAAACAACCACGACUAUAAACAACUAUUACCACUAAAACACAUCAACAAAUGCACAUGACAACCACAAAAUAACGCACAAAUAAAUCCACAAUCAAAUGCUGAAACACAAGUAUAAAUUCUAGAUUUGAAGCUUUCGUGACUGCAAGGAUUCAUACUCUUAGUUCUUUAGGUAAAGUCACGUAGGUAAAAAAUGAAAUUAAAAUUAAUAAAAAUAAAACAAUAAAAAUCACGACGUUUCGGAGGCAACACAAGUCUCUGUCAUCAGGUGGGACCGUCACAGCCAGAUUUGCUGCAUUUUUUACCUACGUGACUUUACCGAAAGAACUAAGAGUACAAGUAUACAUGUCAUUGUUAUUGCCUUAUACAAAAUGCAACACUGGUGUUUAUUCGUAUCUUACAUAAUUGUCACAAACUAUUUGGUAAUACUGUGUGAGCAAUGAUGCACAGGCACAAAUAAGAAAAUAACUCAAUAUGAUACUGGCAAAAACAUUUUGGAUAGUGGCUAAAAGGUCCCAUAGAGAAAAAAAAAUCACAUCGUUAAUAAUUCUGCCUAACCGGAAACAUGAUAAACGAUGUUUUAGGCAAUGGGUGUUCUUAAUAUCAGAUACUAGCUUUACUACCUGGCUUCGCCCGGGAACUUGGAUUCACCACGCCCGGCCGCCUUUGUCUCCCCAGUGACGAUGUUCACAUACCACACCAGUUACUCGUUUGAGGCUGAGUCGACCUAGGGGAGGCCCAGGUCCGGUUCAAAUAAUCGUCACCGGUGGUGGCCGUGAGUGGGAAUCGAACUCGGGUCGCCGGGUUCGUAGCGUGGCGCGCUAAC